AUGGAUCGGCUCAACAACGAUCAUUUUCAUAUUGCGACGGUCAUGAACUCUCUGGAAAAAAUGUUCAAGCAAUUCCCCGACGACGACAUCGACUGGACUUUGGUCAGCGAUAUGCUGAGCUAUCUGCAGGAGUAUCCGGAUACGGUGCACCAUCCAUUGGAGGAUCAGUUGUUUGAUCGUGUGUUAGACAAAGGUUUAACUCCUGCAGAACGUGAGUUGGUCCAUACAAACCUCGCCCAGCAUGCUGAAAUAAUCAGCGCGACGCUACGCCUGGAUCAGGAUGUAAAUCAAAUUCUUAACGAUUCUGUUGUGCCCAUUGAUAAGGUCCUCGAGCACUUUGAGCACUAUAUUGAUUUACAGCGCGUACAUAUGCGCAAUGAGAACACACACUUGUUUCCCCUGGCUGAACGGCUUUUGUCUGCGGAAGACUGGCGCGACGUGGAAGCAGAAUAUGCCAGCCACGUCGACCCUAUGUUUGCCUUGAAACAAGGCAAGUUUGCCAGCCUGUUUGAGUACAUCACCGAAGGCUGA